ACACAACAUGCACGCACACACACAUACACACACUCGCACUCGGAGUGCCUGUCCUGCUUCGUUUUCUCCUCGUCAAACUCUUCCCUGGAAAACUCCUGCCUGAUUCACAGGGGGAUUAUGGGGAACAUGCAGCGAGGAAUGCCCGCUCCUGAGCCGAGCCCUGUGUCGGAGGAGGGCCUUCUGCUGCCAAUCAAAGAUCAAUUAGCCAAUCACAACAUGGCAUCUGAGAGCACCGCCAACAAUAUUCUGGCUUCUGUCAAAGAACAAGAGCUCCAGUUUGAGAGGUUGACCCGGGAACUGGAGGUGGAGCGACAGAUUGUGGCCAAUCAGCUAGAACGAUGCAGACUGGGGGCGGAGUCACCGGGAGCUGCAAGUGGCAGUUCCUCUGAGAAGUCACUUCACUGGAUACCCACAGAUGUGUCGAGUUCCGCCGAUGCCAAGCCUGUCAGGGAGCAGCUGUCACUGUGCUCACCGGAGCAGAGCUCUCUGCAUGAAAGGUCUGUCGGGAACUCGCGCAGUUCCACUCAGAUGAACUCGUAUUCUGACAGCGGCUACCAGGAUGCAGGCAGCUACUACAGCAGCCAGAACGUGGGGCGGACCGACGUGCGGCUGCAGCACUCGUACACGGGCGGCGGUCCUGUUCCCGGCGGAACACUCCUGAGGAACUCCAGGGCAGAGGGACAGGCUUUCACCCAGAUGUCGGGAGGUGUCAGCGGGGCGAUCCCGGGACGAGCCAUGCGGCGUGUGAGCUCAGUGCCAUCUAGAACGCAGUCACCUGCCUACAACACUAGCAUCUCUCCCUCGCGUGGUUCUUUGCGGGCAUCGCCGGGCAGUGCCUACGGCUCACCCGUCGUAACCGAGCCCAAACCGCUGCCCAGCAUCUUCUCCAGCAGCACCCUGCCUAACUCCCAGCGGGCCAGCUCUCCCUUCUUAGCCCAGCGGAACUCGCCUUCCACCCUGCGCAGGAUGGGCUCAGCCACCAGUGCCGGCCGUACCACUUCGCCCUACUCGGCACGUCUGGGUUCCCCGCUUAGCAUGCCAGGGGAAGAAGCACAAGCGGGAGCAGGUUCUUCUCCGGUGCGAACGGGGAUGACGGCCGUGCCGCAGCAUUACGGGUCAACAUUGACGAGGACGCUGCUCCACGAGGGCUCCGAUCCCUACAGCACGCACUCGUACGAGAUCUAUGAGAGGAUGGUGCCACGCCCAGACAGCCUGACAGGUCUGCGAUCGUCCUUCGCCAGUCAGCACAGUCAUCAUGGAGCCGAUCUGCGCUCGACCGUGAGUCCAGACCGCCACAUUGGACCCAUCUACGAAGACCGGGCCUUUCACGGGCCUCUGUACCGCAGCCCGAGCCACAUUACGCACUCCCCACUCUACAGAUCACCUUCAGGCGUAGGGAACCUGCAGAGGAGCUCCAGUCAGCGCAGCAACAUGACGUACCAAAGAAGCAACAACUACACAGCGGUGACGUACUCGGACCCGUACCGCCGCCCGUACCGAUCCUCUGAGGGAGGCUUCAGUCGGCACGCCGUCAGCAUCGACGAAGGAGCCGUUCGCUCUCCCUCCAUUGACAGUAUUCAGAAAGACCCCAGAGAAUUUGCAUGGAGGGACCCAGAAUUACCGGAGGUGAUUCACAUGCUGCAGCAUCAGUUUCCCUCUGUGCAGGCCAACGCUGCAGCUUACCUUCAGCACCUGUGUUUCGGUGAUAACCGCACUAAGGCAGAGGUGUGUCGGCUUGGUGGGAUCAAGCACCUGGUGGAUCUCCUGGACCACAAGGUCGUGGAGGUGCAGCGGAACGCGUGCGGCGCGCUGAGGAACCUGGUGUACGGAAAAGCCACCGACGACAACAAGGUCGGCGUGAGAAACGCCGGGGGCGUGCCGGCUCUGCUCCGCCUGCUGAGGAAGACCGUGGACGCAGAAGUACGAGAGAUCAUCACAGGGGUUUUGUGGAACUUGUCCUCCUGCGACGCUGUCAAGAUGACAAUUGUCCGCGAUGCCUUAACGACCCUGACCAACACUGUGAUCAUUCCACAUUCGGGCUGGAGCAGCUCGUCCUACGACGACGACCACAAGCUCAAAUUCCACUCGUCACUCGUGCUGCGCAACACCACUGGCUGCCUGAGGAACCUGAGCUCAGCGGGAGAGGAGGCCAGGAAGCAGAUGCGCUCCUGCGAAGGGCUCGUCGACUCUCUGCUCUACGUCAUCAAAGCCUGCGUCAGCACAGCCGACUUUGACAGCAAGAUUGUGGAGAACUGCAUUUGCACUCUGAGGAACCUCUCGUACCGGUUGGAGCUGGAGAUGCCGCCGUCACGCCUGAUAGAUAAUCAAGAGACGGACGGGUUGCCGGCGACAGAGUCACCAAGUAAAGAGGCAGACCACAGCUGCUGGGGGAGGAAGAGGAAGAAAAAGAAGAAGGGUGUACAGGAGGAGCAGUGGGACGGCGUGGGGCCGAUCCCCGGUUUCUCCAAGUCUCCCAAAGGAGCUGAGAUGCUGUGGCACCCCGCAGUGGUGAAGCCUUACCUCACGCUACUGGCCGAGAGCUCCAACCCCGCAACACUAGAGGGGGCCGCCGGCUCACUGCAGAAUCUUUCCGCCGGCAACUGGAAGUUCUCAGCGUAUAUCCGUGCGGCAGUGAGGAAGGAAAAAGGCUUGCCCAUCUUGGUGGAGCUGCUGAGGAUGGAUAACGACCGCGUGGUGUGUUCUGUAGCCACAGCGCUCAGAAACAUGGCCCUGGACGUCAGGAACAAGGAGCUGAUCGGGAAGUACGCGAUGCGGGACUUGGUGAACCGGCUGCCCGGAGGAAGCACUACUCAGCUGUCUGAUGAGACGGUGGCAGCCAUUUGCUGCACGCUCCACGAGGUCUCGAGCAAAAACAUGGAGAACGCCAAAGCUCUCGCCGACACGGGAGGCAUCGAGAAACUCGUCAACAUCACCAAGGGUCGUGGAGAAAGGUACUCGAUGAAGGUGGUGAAGGCUGCCGCGCAGGUGCUCAACACACUGUGGCAGUACAAAGAUCUGCGCACUAUCUACAAGAAGGAUGGAUGGAAUCAGAAUCACUUCUUGACUCCUGUGUCCACACUGGAGAGGGAGCGCUUCAAAUCUCAACCUACGUUACCUUCCAACUCCCUGCAGAUGUCUCCAGUCAAUAAGACAGCGGGCAGCACCACUUCGUCUCCAGCCGUGUUGGGGAUUAAAGAGCAGCGCUCUGAUUAUCAGCGGACACAGCCACCUAUGCAAUUUUAUAACUACCAAGGAGACAGCAGCGUGCAUAAAACCCCGUACACAGGGUCGGUGAAAUCAUCUCCAUUUUAUCUCAGCUCUUACUCCUCACCCAACAGAGAUGAAUCCAGGAGAGGCCAGCAGCAUAUAUAUUAUGCGGACGAGGCCGCACGGAGGGGCUACGAGCCGUAUCGGACGUAUGUGCAGUCACCGCAGGGAUACGAUGACCCCUACUUGGAGGAAACAGUGCAGUUCUCAACUACAGACUACCCCACACAGCCUCACACACUCAAAGCCACCACCAAUUAUGUAGACUUUUACUCGAGCACACGCAGAGCCUCUUACCGCACUGAACAGUACCCGGGCUCACCGGACUCCUGGGUAUAAAGACAUGAAAAAAAAUGAACCGACAGCAUCCUUAGUACUGUGUCUGAUUUCAACAGAGAUGGAUUUCGAAUGUGGCUGAUGGGAAAGAUGGAAUGAACGAAGCCAAAGAAGGAAAAGAAGCAAAGUGUGUGUUUUGUCCAUGGCAGAAGAAAGAAAGUAGAAGAGGUGUGUGUGGAAGUGUGCGAGCGAGUGAAUAAGUGAGAGUUCUGCUCCGAUUUUAUUUUCUUAUGGCAGCGCAGGUGACGGUGGUCAGAGGAAGCAGCGCGUGGAUUACAGAAAGGUGUUUUUUGUUUUGCGUCAGAGAAUCAGAGAGAAACGAUGUGUAUGAACUCAGACUGAAAUCAAUCAUGAACUUAUACCUGUAUAAAAAAACAAAACAACAAAAGAUAAAGAGAUAUUGCUAAUAAUGAUGAUAAAUAAUGAUCUUAAGAAGUUAGUUUAAACAGAGGGAACAAAAGUGUAUACGUACGUCUCGUCGAGAUUGUGAACGCCACUGAGUCUUGUACAUUUCCUUCAGAACACUGUAAAUACCGAGAAGAAAAUGCAGCGCCACAUUGAAGAGAUGUAGAAAUCUAUAAAUAUAGUGAAAAGGCGGGAGAACCUGGCACCAUGAUAUACAACAGUCUAUCUGAAGUAAUAAAAAUUCAUCUUUGUUUUUUAGAA